CCUCCUGAGGCGGACGUGUGUUGCCCCAGCAUCCGGUCCUGCGCACUCUUCCACCAACAUGGCGCUGGCGAAGUCCGUCUACAACCUGCUCUUCAGGAGAACGUCUACUUUCGCUAUAACCAUCAUGGUUGGCGCAGUCUUCUUCGAACGACUGUUUGACCAAGGCGGCGAAGCGAUUUUUGAGCAAAUGAAUCAAGGGAAACUAUGGAAACACAUCAAACACAAUUACGAGAACAAAGACGAGGAAUAGGACGCGGCCCCGGGGUCAUUUAAGGCUGAAGUGCAACUGUUGUCACACUUCCAUCAUCCAUUCUUCCUGGACUCCACACCUGAAUCAAGCAGCAGUCAACAUGGACAAUGUGCUUCAAGUUAUUCCCAGGCUGGCAGCGGCUAACGGAGAACCUGUGGGAGCUGGUUGACUGUCCAGACCGCCAUGAAGACGGAGCAGUGUUUCCUGCCAUGUCGCCCCCCCCUCUCUGUUGUUAAUUGUAAUGCCUUCGUUCUCCUCCCAUAUUGUAAAUGGUUAAAUUAAACAAGUGUUAAUGUCUUACA